CGUGUGCAAAAUAAAAACCAAAACAACUCGGUCAUUGUUUACAAUUUGUGAAGGUACGCACACACACAUUCAUCUACAAAAAACGACAAUUUAACACAUUUUAACACCUUUCUUUCAAUUUCUUUGUUUUGGAUUUGGAUGCGGGACAAGCAGACGGCAACAUUGGAGUGAAUUUGGUUAGAAGUCGGUGAUUCUGCACCACGAACGGAGUCAUGGAAGUUGAGCAUGUUCCUUUGCAAGUCGCGAACCUCGUGCAGGAAAAUGGAGACUUUAGCGACAGUGAAGAAGGGGACAGCAACAACAAUCCAGGGGCCAUGACCAACGGCACCGUUCUCGCUUCUGACACCGGAAUCGAGGGCAGAAUCACCAAAAAGGCCAAGCGGAGGCUGAAAAGAAGUCCAUCGAAGGAGUACCCGGUGGUCGCUUUAUCACUGCCCGAUGCCAACUCAGCGGCCGUCCUCGGGAACUCCAAAGAUAGACGAGACAGAAAAUCCCGCUCGGGGAAAGGCAGGGGUUUGCCAAAGAAGGGAGGAGCUGGAGGAAAAGGAACAUGGGGCAAGAUGGGUCAGAUUUAUGAUGAUAAUGAUGCUGAAUGCGUGGAUAUUCAUGACCCUAACUAUGACUCUGAGAAUCAGGAUGAUUACACAGUGAAGACUGUCAUUCCUGUUCUCACCGAUGAGGAGGUCAUCGAGAUGAUUGAGCCUAUCUUCCAGGAGUACUUUGAACAUGGCGAUAGCAAUGAAGUGGCUUGUUGCCUGGAGGAUUUGAACAUUGCGGAGACGAUUUGUGUGAAGGUUCCCGCCUUGGCCGUCACCUUGGCCCUUGAGAAGAAGGCCACGCAGAGGGAACUGACCUCUCGUCUCAUCGCUGACCUUUGCCACAAGGAUGUCAUCACGGACAACACCCUGAUGGCUGCCUUCAAGAAGCUCAUUGAUGACCUCCCCGAACUGACCCUUGACACCCCAGAUGCACCAUCGGUACUGGGACAGUUCAUGGCUCGUGCCGUCGCUGAUGAUUGCCUUCCCUCUGCCUUUAUUCAAGAGUUGAAGGGUAACACAGAGUGUGAACAUGGCAGGAUGGCGUUGGAGCGAGCCUGUACUCUGCUGAGUGUGAAUCAUGGAAUCCACCGUAUGGACAACGUCUGGGGAGUAGGAGGUGGAAUCAGACCAGUCAAGAUGCUCGUUAAAAAGAUGGUGUUGCUCUUGAAGGAGUACCUUUCCAGCGGUGAGGUUCCCGAGGCUGUGCGGUGUCUUCAGGAACUAGAAGUUCCUCACUUCCACCAUGAACUGGUCUAUGAGGCUUGUGUGAUGGCUCUGGAGGUAGGAGGAGAGAAGACAACAGAAAUGAUGGUGGCCCUACUAAAAGAAAUGUAUUCAACAACCAUCAUCACCUAUGACCAACUUGUGUCUGGUUUUGAGCGUGUGUUUGAUGCCUUGCCCGACUUGGUUCUGGACGUACCGUUUGCCUACCAGAUUAUGGACUACUUUGGGGACCUGUGCGUGAAAGAGAAACUCAUGUCGCUGCAGAUGAGGGACAAGGUCCCAAGCAGAGGCCGAAAGCGUUUCGUUUCAGAGGGUGAUGGCGGACGCGUCAAGGAUGAAAGCAAGUGAGACAGAGGGUAGAACCCUGAAGACGAGUUGUAAAAUGUGUGGCCACCGAAUCGUAACUAAGUAUCGUAAUAACGCAUGGUCUAGAAAGAAAAUAACUAAGUAAGCAAAGUUAAGGACUACAUUAAAUGUGAAGGUGCCACUCAGGAAUUUAUUGUACAUAGUUGUGCAAAAAGACUUGUAAAAAGAAAAAAAAAAGAGUAUAACUAUAGUUUGUUUAAAAAAAAAGGGAUCCUGGAUCAUAUGCUGAGAAGACAGUUCAAAACUGAUUUUAUGUAAAGAAAAAAAAAGAGAGAGGAUUAUUUUUCAAAUGCAGUCCGAGUUGUGCUUCAUUAUCAAUGUUUCAUUCAAUUUUUUUUUUUCAAAUGCCUGGCAGCAUGAAAGACAGGGCUGUUAAUGCUUCUUCCUAUGUUUGUUGUAGUUGACCGGUCAGUAUAACUCUUACUAAUUACUUUUGAUUUGAUCCGUCUUAUGUAGAUACUUGCCCCAUACUUUUCUGUUUUUUAACAUUUCAGCCUUCCUAUGUUAAGCCCGAAUGGGGUAUAGUUUGUAAUAAAGGAACUUUUAAUUCGUCUACAAGUUUUCAAAGUGUAAUUAUGAUAUUUCAUUCCAAAGAUAUUUUGUGUUAUAGCAAUGCAUUUAAAGUAUAAGUUUAUCUUUUCUAUCUUUUUUUUCUCUCUCUCUUUUGCUAUUCUGAAUUGCUAUUCUUCAAUUUGCUUUUAUUAAUUUCAUGAACAAUGCAAACUGAAAUUAAAAGUUGUAUCUAUGGAGAUGACUUUAUGUGAUGUGAAUAUUUGAAAAGAAAGAUAGACAGGUCCUACAGAUUAAUAGCUAAUGGCUUGUAAUCAAUUCACUAAUACAUUUAAACUCAUUUAUCAUUAAUACUACUGUCUAUAUACAGGCAAUACAUGUACUAAAGUUUCAGAUGCAACUGUUCAAGAAGCAGCCUUCUUUUUUGUGAUCACAAUUUUUGUCUUCACGACGAACAGGGAGAGAUAUCAAAAGAGGCGCUGUUUUUUUUUUCCACAAAACUUUGUGAGUGUUUUACUGUUUUGUAUUGAUCUCUUUUAUCUGGAGUUGUACUAGGUGUCUCGGACAUCUCUUGUAGUCUCGCUUCAGCGAGAGGUUGUAAUAAAAAGACGUUGCCUGUACUGUC